CAAGAUCUAGCAGUCACCUCAUUGGUCCAAACUGUUCUACUAUUCUAUUCAUCUACCUCCGUGGGACUGCGCCUUGAGGCUGCGUGGUAGUGGAAAUGAAACAUCUUGCAAACGAGUAUUUGUGACCCAAUUUACCCUCUGGUCCACAGUCGCGAACAACCCACCCAGCCGGCGAUGUAAGUGUUUCUUCCAGAUCGCUUUACACAGUCAUUCAAGAGCACGGCAAAGUGAUUUCGCUUGUUAUCGCAAACUUAAAGUCAUGGCAGAAGCGGAAAAAGAUUCUCACGAAAUUCGAUAUCGUUUGCACGAAAGACCACGAGCAUUAAGAGCGAUGUACGAAAAGUCAUCUGACGAUGAGCAAGAUUAUGAAGAAGUUGAAGACGUAGCUUCGGAUGCAUUCGACGCGGAGGAUAAUUCCGAUUUCGAUGCUGAACAAGCUUUAGGAGAAGAAGAAGAAAGUGAUGACUCAAAUGAGCAAGUUGGGUCUACAGCUGGACCAUCAGCCGCUGAUUCAGAAAAACGUCGUGGACGGCCCGUGCGAGGUAAGAACAACUUCAAAUGGUACAAGAAUGCUCCUAAAUCGCGAGAACAGCGCUCAUUACCUCCUUUUUUACCGUCGGGAAAAGACGCCGCCAAAAAUGUCCAAACGCCACUCGAGGCAUGGUCUUUAAUGUUUAACGACAACAUGCUAGAAACUAUUGUUUUACAUACUAAUGAAGAAAUUGAUAGAAAACUACUGGCGUUACCACCCGCAACAUUUAGUCAUCGUACUGAUCUGUUCGAAUUGAAAGCUUUUAUAGGGUUGUUGUAUUUUGGUGGUAUUCAAAAAAAUAACCACUCGAGAACAGAUGAAUUGUGGAACCCUACAUUCGGCUAUAAUUUGUAUAGAGCCGUCAUGUCCGAACACAGAUUUGCAUUUCUUUCUGCAUGUUUACGCUUUGAUGACAAAAACACUCGAAGAGAACGGGAACAGCAACACGGCUUGGCACCGAUCAAAGAAUUAUGGGAUAGUUUUAUCAAGAACUGCAAAUUUUUUUACUCGCCAUCUGCGUUUGUAACGAUUGAUAAGCAACUUCUGCCAUUUCGUGGGCGAUUCAAGAGUCGAGUUUAUGAUGCAAAGAAACCAGACAAAUACGGGAUCAAAAUUGUCAUGUGUAAUGAUGUACAAACGAGUUAUAUGAUCAACGCUGAACCGUAUGUCGGAAAAAUUGUAACGAAUCAAGCAAUGCCAACAUAUUAUGCUGAAAAAUUGACUGAAACAAUGCAUGGUACUGCGAGAAACGUCACAUGCGACAAUUGGUUUACAUCGGUGAAUCUUGUCAAAGAAAUGGAGGAAAAAUACUCGAUUUCGGUUGUUGGAGCAUUACGAAAAAAUAAACCAGAAGUACCUAGAUCUUUUGUGAGCACUGCUUCGGCUGGUACAUCGCGAUUCGCUUAUGCUGAUGGCAUCACUCUUGUUUCCUAUUGUCCGAAGAAAAACAAAGUUGUGUUAUUACUAUCUACCUAUCAUAAGUGCGGGAAAAUCGAUGUUGAAACUCAGAAGCCAGAAGCAGUUGUUUUUUAUAACAAAACCAAAGGCGGCACCGAUACCUUCGACAUGAUGUGUAAAAAUUUUUCUGUUGCUCGCAUUACAAAACGAUGGCCUUUACGUUUGUUUUAUGGUAUGUUGGAUCAAGCAGGCGUCAAUGCAGCCGUUCUGUAUACUUUAAAAAAAAAUAAUGAACCUCUGAGCCGUCGUGAAUUUUUGAAAAUGUUGUGUUCCGAUUUGAUAAAACCAUUGCUGCGAAUUCGGUUGGAGAAGCCUAAUUUGUCAUUGUCACUCAAAUUUCUAAUACGAGAAGUGCUGGGUGAGGAAACUGCACAUUCGCCUGCUGCGUCGGAUAAAUUAGAAAAGCGCAAGCGAUGCAAACUUUGUCCCUCAAAAGAUGACCGUAAAACUUCGUACUGUUGCACUUUGUGCAGAAUUCCUGUGUGUGAAAACCAUCGCUUGGUUGUUUGCUUGAAUUGUGCACCUGAUAUGUGAAAUUGCUUAUUUUUUAAAAUACAAAUACAUAGA